AUGGCUGAAGCACUGGUUGGCGUACUUCUAGAUCGCUUGGCUUCGAUCACACUUAACAAGGUCGACCAAGAGCUGAAUCUGGUCAUAGGUGUGGACAAAGAAAUUGAAAAUCUCACCCGCACUCUCAAAGCUAUCCAAGCUGUGCUGGAGGAUGCAGAGCAAAGGCAAGUUCAGGAGGCCUCUGUCAGACUUUGGCUGAAUAACUUGAAAGAAGUAUCGGAUGAGAUUGACGACGUGUUGGACGAGUGGAGCUAUGAAAUUCUUAAGCAUGCAGCAAAUUUUCAUCGUCAUGGCAUUGCGAAAAAGAUAAAAGACCUAAGUGAGAGGCUGGCUUUAAUUGAUGCUGAAAGACAAACUUAUCAGUUUCACUAUAUUGAAAGAAGAUCUGAACAACUCAUUAAACAUCAGAAAACUUCUUCUGUUCUCGACAAAUCAUUUGGUCGAGAAUAUGAAAAAGAGAGUUUAGUAAGCAAGUUACUAAAUGAUGGGGGUGAAGAAGAGAGUGUUCCCAUUAUCAUUCCUAUUGUAGGAAUGGGAGGGAUCGGAAAGACAACUCUUUGUCAAUUAGUGUAUAAUGAUAAAAGAGUGAAAGAUCAUUUUGACAAUAGAAUAUGGAUAUGUGUCUCAGAGCCUUUUGAAGAGAUCCAAAUUGUUGCGGCUAUCGCUCAAGGUCUUGGUAUAAGAGAUCACCCCGCGUCAAAUGCUUUGGAAACUUAUUCACAAUAUAUAAUUAGCUGCAUUAAGAAAAUAGAUAAUGGAGAAAAGAAAAGAGACGAAACAAAAUUCCUCAUCGUCCUAGAUGGUGUACGGAAUCCAACUGAAAGUCAAUGGGAACAAGUAAUUAAACCUUUGCGCGAGGGUGCUAGAGGGAGUAGAAUAUUGGUGACCACCCGAAUUGAGAAGGUUGCGGUUAUGAUGGGGGUAGCCAGUAACGUGAUUCAUUUGGAAAUGUUAAGUGAAGAUGAUUGCCGAUCGUUAUUUUUUCACUUUGCAAUUUGCAUCCAUUGGAAGGGAAAUAAAGAAUCAUAG